CUCUGCACCCAACCCAAGUCCUCUGCUCUCCUCCCAGACAGCAGGCAAAGCACAAUGCGUUUCGCAAUUGGAGCCACAGCGCUGCUUGCUGCCGCCUUUGUGCGCGCAGACGACGAAGCAAGCUCCAGCUCCGCCGCCGACGUCGAGUCGUCCACGUCCUCUAUCGCGAAGCCGACCUUUACCCCCACCAAGCUGAAGGCGCCCUUCCUCGAGCAGUUUACCGACGACUGGGAAACCCGCUGGAAGGUCUCACACGCGAAGAAAGACGACAAAUCCACAGAGGAGGAGUGGGCCUACAUUGGCAAAUGGUCUGUCGAGGAGCCCUCCGUGCUGAAGGGCAUGGAGGAGGACAAGGGCUUGGUGAUCAAGGACCAGGCCGCCCAUCACGCCAUCUCGGCCAAAUUCCCCAAGGCCAUCAACAACAAGGGAAAGACCCUCGUUGUGCAGUAUGAAGUCAAGCUGCAGAACGGCUUGGAGUGUGGUGGAGCUUACAUGAAGCUUCUCCAGGACAACAAGGCUCUUCACCAGGAGGAGUUCUCCAACAGCUCCCCGUACAUUAUUAUGUUUGGUCCCGACAAGUGCGGUGCUACCAACAAGGUCCACUUCAUUUUCCGCCACAGGAACCCUAAGACUGGCGAGUAUGAGGAGAAGCACCUCAAGAACCCUCCGAUGGCGCGUAUUGUCAAGACCACCACCCUCUACACUCUUAUUGUCAAGCCGGACAACAGCUUCGAGAUCAAGAUUGAUGGCGAGUCCAUCCGCAACGGCACCCUCCUUGAGGACUUCAGCCCCUCCGUCAACCCGGAGAAGGAGAUUGAUGACCCCAACGACAAGAAGCCUGAGGACUGGGUUGAUGAGGCCCGCAUUGCUGAUCCGGAGGCGAAGAAGCCCGAGGAUUGGGAUGAGGAUGCGCCGUUCGAGAUCGUUGACGAAGAGGCCACCAAGCCCGAUGACUGGCUUGAGGACGAGCCCACCACCAUUCCUGACCCCGAGGCUGAGAAGCCAGAGGACUGGGAUGACGAGGAAGACGGUGACUGGAUCCCCCCGCAGGUUCCCAAUCCCAAGUGCGAUGAGGUUUCUGGCUGCGGCAAGUGGGAGCCUCCCAUGAAGAAGAACCCCGACUACAAGGGCAAGUGGACUGCACCAUUCAUCGACAACCCUGCCUACAAGGGUGUUUGGGCUCCUCGCAAGAUCAAGAACCCCGACUACUUUGAGGACAAGACCCCGUCCAAGUUUGAGCCCAUGGGCGCUAUUGGCUUCGAAAUCUGGACCAUGCAGAACGACAUCCUCUUCGACAACAUCUACAUUGGCCACUCCGAGGCUGACGCUGAGGCGCUCAAGAAGGAGACUUUCGAUCUGAAGAUCACUGCUGAGAAGGCCGAGGAGGAGGCUAGCAAGCCCAAGACUCCCGACACUCCGAAGUCGCCGUCUGACCUCGUCUUCAAGGACGACCCUGUCCUCUACAUCAAGGAGAAGACCAACCUCUUCAUUGAGAUUGCCAAGCGUGAUCCCGUGGAGGCUAUUAAGUUCGUCCCAGAGGUUGCCGGUGGGAUUGGUGUCAUCGCGGUUACCGUCAUUGCGCUCCUUGUCUCCACCCUCGUUGGAGGUGGUGCCGCUCCGUCCAAGGAGCAGGUCAAGGCUCAGGCAAAGAAGGCUAAGGAUGCUACGGUUGAUGCAAAGGACAAGGCGGCGGAGGCGGUCAGCAGCGGUGCUGAGAAGGCACAGGCUGAGGUUAACAAGCGCUCCACGCGCUCCGCUGCUUCGUAGAUGGGAAGCCUCGAUUGUCGGACUGAGCAGGGGACGUGCAAAAUGAUAGAGAAUGGUCAAUACCACAAAAGGGCCCCAGUCGAUUUCUGUUCUGGAGGGACGCCCAAGGGUUCCACAUAUUCCGCGGUUUGGAUUUCAGGUAGUCAGAUGUUUCUCUGGGGUACACGGCGCUACAAGUGUAUAAUAUGGCCUUGG